UGUACUGACAUAUUGACAAGCAGUUUGAGCAAACCGAAGAAGAAAUGAAUGUCCACUGCGUACGUAUAAGCAGCUAAUGGUGACACUGACUGACUCCACAAAAUGUUGCUGUCGCUGGGUCGGAGACCGUUCUCUCAGCGAGAUUUCAUUUUGUUAAUAGUCUUUAUAGGAUUUCUAUGCCUAUUCCUAUUCAACCAAUUAUUAGGAAAUGUUUGGGAACAAUCAGAUUCACCCCUCCACCUCUCAGCUGAGACAGUUAUAUUUGAAAAGAAUUCUGGUAGUUACAUCAGCAUUCAACCAAAAUAUGAGCUGAAAGAAUCUGCCAAGUUAAAGCUAGUGUUCAGUGAGGGGCACAUGGUCGAGACGAUGGAGAGCAUUAUCAUUCCAGCCUAUUCCACGCGAGCUCUGUUCAUUCCGCUGCACUCAAGAGGACAUGUUGGACACUGCACACUCACUUUCAAAUCAAAAUCCACCGAAUUAGGAAAACUUUACAAAGCCCAUGUCCACAUCAAAAUUGUUGAGAACGUCUAUUUGGGGUAUCUGAGUAUAGUUAUGGGCUGGUCUUAUUUCUUCGUAUGGAGUAUAUCAUAUUAUCCUCAAGUUUAUCAGAAUUGGCGAAGGCGGAGUGUAGUUGGGUUAAGUUUUGAUUACCAGUUGUUGAACAUUAUUGGACAUUCUUGUUAUUGUGUAUUCAACACGUGUAUGUAUUGGAAUUCGUUUAUACAGAAAGAAUACCUCCGUCUGAACCCAAAGAGUGAGAUUCCCGUCCAAGCCAAUGACAACUUCUUCUCAAUACACGCCGUCAUUCUAACUCUCGUUAUAAUCACCCAGUGUCUAAUCUAUGAUCGUGGAGACCAGCGCCUCUCGUGUCCAUUCAUUCUACUGGCCAUUGGGUCAUUGCUCAUAAUCUCAUCCGGGCUAUCCUCGGCUCUUGUUCAUUACAUCAGCUGGGUGCAGUAUAUCUAUAUGCUGUCGUAUGUGAAGGUGGCUGUAACACCCCUGAAGUACUUUCCCCAGGCAUUACUGAAUUUUGGCCGACAGAGUACAGAAGGUUUCGCCAUCAAGGGUGUGAUGUUGGAUUUCUCUGGAAGUGUACUGAGUCUCCUUCAAGCUGUUCUCGAUUCUGCCAACCACAAUGAUUGGAAACUGCUACUUGGCAACCCAGGAAAGCUAGCCUUGUCCUUCAUAGGAAUGUUCUUCAAUGUUGUGUUCUUCUGCCAACAUAUGUUGUACAACAAAGGUACGGCGCGAUGCCGGAAGGAGAGUGGUUCACAGAACAAAUGGAAAAACGGUGUUGUAGCGAAAAGCGGUCCACAUUCAAAGGUGCUAAAGAUAGCUAGAAUUGAUAUUUUGUAGAUGUAUACUAAACCUGAAGGUGUGUGUGCAAAAACCUUGUAGCGACAUUGUGGUCAUUUAGAAAAAGCUGAGUUUUAUUUUCACUUACCGUGUCGCAUUGCAUCAGACUAGCUUGUGGUCUUGAAGAAGCAUUGUACUUACAAGGUUGCUACUCAAGUAGCCCUUAUAAUCAUCCCAUCCUAUUCUUAGUUUAAGCUAACUAUUUUUUUAUGAGUGGCCUAAUUUGGUGCAAUAUUUUUACGUCAAGUAUGUAAAAAUUUGAUUUAGUCCAUACUUGUCCAUUACAUGUAAAGUGCAAUCAACAUUCACUUGGUGCAAUUGACUUUUAAAACUUAUGUUGACUUCAGAGCAACAUUCCGUGAACCCAUUAUUGAUAGGCCUCUAGAUAAUGUAGAUUGACGCUAAUUCUAGUUGGAAAUUUAAUUUUUGAACAAACGCAGUCUACCUUUAGUUGUUGAUCUAUGCCACUGUACAAUGAAGUAGAUGACAGAGCGUUUUAAUCUUCAUUAUUUGCUGUACUUUUCUAAGUGUAAAAACAGUAAGUACAUGUAUAGGUUUCGAAGUUGAUAUUUAUUUAAAAGAUUUAAGAUUUUUUUACAUUUUUCGUUGGAAUUAUAUAAACUUUGUUGACAGUGUUGUAGCAUUAGGUCUUGUUUUAGAAUUCCGUAAUGUGUAUAUUUCUGAAACGUGUUCAUUUCUGCAUGAAUGAUAAUGAUAACCACUAAUGUACAGUAUCAUGUACAUUAGAUUUCGUUUGAAAAUGAGCUGUUACUGUUGUGCGUUUUGAAGGCCUUUAUAAAGGUCCACAGAUGAUAUUUUGUUAAAAUAGUUGUAGCUGGAAUGGCCAAAGUACUUUUUUGAGAUUCAUAAAUCGUGUGUUAUAUUUCAGAUAAUUCAUGGCUUAUAUUGAUGUGCAUCAUUCUGGUGUUAACACUUUCACAACCAGAAUUCCUAACUUUCACUACUGUAAUUCCUAAUUUUCGCUCUUGGUCGAACCAACAACAUGGAUCCAGUUGGACCGAAACUCGUUCUUCAAGCUGGUUAUCCCUGGUCCAAAGGCUUGAUGUUAAAACGACACAAAUGCCAUCUUCAGGGAAAGCUUGGAACUGACUUCGGGACUUUUUACCCGGUAGAUGGGGUGGGGAUAAUUUUGGUCAUUUUGGAAAUGUUUCUUCCAAAAAAUGGACAAAUAUUAAGGAGUGUAGCUUCACUUUCUCUAAUGUUUCCAGAUACUCUGGUCUUGGAGAAGAUAUUGCCAAAAAAAUAUGUGCAAUAGAAUUUUGUAUGCGGGUUCUGAAGAGGGGGUGUUUUUCAAAGAAGUUUUCAAAAUGUUAAAAUUUCAUGGUCAAGAUUUUUCUGAAAUUGGGGUGUCCUGGGCCAGGAUUGCCCUCUUGGAUCCUGGUAGUUUUAUUUGUCUUCAUUGGGGAAUUUGAAAUGAAGUGAAAUGUGUAUAUGGGUGCUGGGGUAUUUUGAACUUUGGUUGGUGAGGGGUAGGAUAUGAUGUGGCUUAAUCAUUGGUUUGGGAGGGUUGGCUAAGACUAUAAGGGAAAACUCUGGUGCCAUGAAUUUGGGUUUUACCCUUUAGGGCAAGGGGCUGGAACAAUCCUCAAUUCAGAAUAUCACUGAAUGAGUCUGGUUGAUUGUGACCACCAGAUGUCACAUGUUUUAUGUCAACUGAAUAAUAAAGUGUUUUUUGGUGGCUCCGUGGGUGACCACCUUCUUGGCUCUGGCAGACUGGUAAGUUUAUUUUGGUGAUAGAUAAUACAUCUUUCGUAUAUUUGCUAAACAAAGCAAAUUCCUGCAGCCAGUAUCAACAGCUUGAUGUAGAGAAUAUAAGUAAUGUACAUGUAUUAACAAAUUCAAUGUAUUGGGUAUUGAAAAUAAAAUGUUUUCUACAACUCU